ACUGCGAUAUGAACACAAUGGGCGGUGGAUGGACGGCCAUUCAGAAACGCGUAGACGGAUCCGUGACCUUUGACAGGAACUGGGCGGAUUAUAAGAAUGGAUUUGGUUCACCAGAACAGAACGUUUGGAUUGGAAAUGACGUAAUCCAUAAAUUAACAAAAGACAACCCAUCAUCCCUUUAUGUGUCCAUCACUCUCCAGAAUGGUACAACGCUGUAUGAAAUCUACAACCGAUUCUCUGUCUCUGACGAAGCAGGAAAAUAUCAACUCUUUCUUGCAGGACCUGUCAAUGGAAUUUUAGGGGACAGUAUGUUAAAUACAGGUGACUCUAUGUUAGACACUGGUUACCCUAAUAACUACGAUCUGUCUGGGAUGUCCUUCUCCACCCCAGACAGGGAUAAUGACAGGUGGGGUGGUGUUAACUGUGCUGCUCGCAGUGACCGUAGAGGAGGCUGGUGGUUUAAUAUCUGUCACCUCGCCUUCCUUAACGGUCAAUGGUCCCCGGCGUCCUGGUCCUACCCAUGGUAUCCCACAGUACAGAGUGGUACGUUAGUGAAGGAGACCACCAUGAUGGUCAGACGUCACUAG